CAUCUUGAAUACGGUGAAGAAAGAGCUCUCUCGCUAGUGUUUCACAGAGCCGAGACAUUGUUUCAUCGUCUGGACGAGCUGUGUGGCAUAUACUGAGCCCAUUUCCAGAUCUACUGAGAUAACGAGAGGGAAAAGAGACGGAGAGGAAGAAGACUAAGCAUUGCGUCUGGAGCUGAUACUGAGUUGAUACGAUGAGUAAGCUACCACCACCUCCUGGAUGGCAACCACCGCCUCCUCCACCAAAUGGAGGGUCAAGACUACCACCUCCGCCACCACCACCUUCAGGGCGUUUGCCUCCACCUCCACCUCCACCUUCAGGGCAUUUACCACCACCUCCACCACCACCACCACCAUCAUCUUCUGUUCAAUCGCAGUCGCCAUCGACAUCCCAUAGAGACGAGCUUGAAUCCAGAAAGCGUAAGUGGCUACAGAUACAGAAGAAACGUUACACCGAGAUCAGAUCAAAAGUCGGUGGCUUUGUUCAUUCUCAGAAGGUUGAUAUGCCUCCAGAACACCUUCGAAAGAUCAUCAAUGACCAUGCAGAUAUGUCGUCGAGAAAGUUCUCCGCUGACAAGAGAUCAUAUCUGGGGUCUUUGAAGUUCAUGCCACACGCUGCUUUGAAACUGCUGGAGAACAUGCCACAACCUUGGGAAGAUGUCAAAGAGGUCAAAGUACUAUACCACAUUACCGGUGCUAUUACUUUUGUCAAUGAGAUCCCACGAGUUGUGGAACCCGUUUAUACAGCACAGUGGUCCACAAUGUGGAUAGCCAUGAGGAGAGAAAAGAGAGAUAGAAGACACUUCAAGAGAAUGAGAUUCCCUCCAUUUGACGAUGAGGAGCCUCCUUUAAACUGGCUUGAAAAUUUACAAGACGCUGAACCUCUUGAACCUAUACAGAUUGAGCUAGAUGAAGUUGACGAUGAACAUGUGAUCGACUGGUUCUAUGAUGCUAAACCUCUUGUUGAUGAAGUUGGAUUUGUCAACGGCGACUCUUACAAGAAGUGGAACCUCACAUUGCCCAUAAUGGCCAACCUCUACAAGUUAUCCAAACCUCUUAUAUCUGAGAUUACAAACAAGAAUUACUAUUAUCUCUUUGAUAAGAAGUCAUUCUUCACUGCAAAGGCCUUAAACAAUGCAUUACCAGCAGGUCCAAAGUUUGAACCCCUAUUCAAAGAAGUGGAAGAGGAAGACUUUAAUGAGUUUAACUCCAUCGACAGAAUCAUCUUUAGAAUCCCAAUCAGAACAGAGUACAAGGUUGCGUAUCCUCAGCUGUAUAAUUCUCUUCCAAGAUCGGUGGAGAUCUCUUGGUACGCAGACCCAAUCAAUUGCUUCAUCAAAAGGGAGGAUGAUGACUUACCUGCUUUCUACUUUGACCCAGCAUUGGCGCCAAUAUCACCUAGAACGGUCGAAAAUACCAAGACAGACUCUGAGCUUGAAUUAUUUGAUAUCAACGGUGAAGAUGUUGAAGCAUUUGCACUUCCUAACAUUCAUCCAUUCCUUGAAGAGGAAGAGAUUGAAAUGGAUGAUACUGCAGAUGCUAUUGAACUUUGGUGGGCUCCUUAUCCAUUCAAUCGUCGUUCAGGUAAAACCAUAAGAGCUCAAGAUGUUGCACUUGUUAAAAGCUGGUUCUUGCAACGAUCUCCAAGAGAUGUGCCAGUAAAGACAAGGGUUUCAUACCAAAAGUUACUCAAAGGCCAUGUUAUUAAUGAACUACACAAGGUGCCUCCAUCAAACCACAAGAAAGUUCAGUUGCUGAAAAGUUUGAAGAAUACUAAGUACUUCCAAACAACAACAAUUGAUUGGGUUGAAGCCGGUCUCCAGGUUUGUCGUCAAGGACAUAAUAUGCUCAAUUUGCUGAUUCAUAGAAAGGGCUUGACCUAUUUGCAUCUUGAUUACAAUUUCAACUUGAAACCAACAAAGACUCUGACUACAAAGGAGAGAAAGAAAUCUAGAUUUGGUAAUGCUUUCCAUUUGAUGAGAGAAAUAAUGAAAGUUAUCAAACUUCUUGUUGAUGCACAAGUUCAGUACCGUCUCGGAAAUGUCGAUGCCUUUCAGUUAGCGGAUGGUAUAUACUACAUUUUGAACCAUUUGGGUCAAUUGACAGGUAUCUACCGUUACAAGUAUAAAGUCAUGCAUCAAAUCCGUGCCUGUAAGGAUCUGAAGCACAUUGUUUACAACAAGUUUAAUGCCAUUAUUGGAAAGGGUCCGGGCUGUGGAUUUUGGCAACCUGCUUGGAGAGUUUGGAUCUUUUUUAUUAGAGGUAUUAUCCCACUACUCGAGAGGUGGUUAGCAAAUCUGUUGUCUCGUCAGUUCGAGGGUCGUUCUAAUGAGGUGGCCAAAACCGUUACCAAACAGAGAACCGAUGCCUAUUAUGAUUUGGAGCUUAGAGCAGCUGUUAUGAACGACAUAUUGGAUAUGAUUCCAGAGGGAAUCAAACAGAAUAAAACCAAGACCAUUCUACAACACCUGACGGAGGCCUGGAGGUGUUGGAAGGCUAAUAUCCCUUGGAGAGUCCCAGGCCUCCCAGAGCCAAUUGUGAAAAUCAUUGAACGUUACAUCAAGGCCAAGGCUGAUGGAUGGAUUUCUGCAGCACACUACAAUAGAGAACGUAUUAAACGUGGUGCUUCUGUUGAAAAAACCGUCGCAAGAAAGAACUUGGGAAGACUGACAAGACUGUGGAUCAAACGUGAACAGGAACGUCAGCAAAAUAUCGAAAAGGAUGGCCCAGCAAUAACGCCGGAACAGGCUACAACCAUCUUUAAGACGAUGGUUAAUUGGUUUGAGACUAGAAACUUUUCUCCUAUUCCUUUCCCACCUUUGACGUACAAGCAUGAUACAAAACUCCUUGUUCUAGCACUCGAGAAUUUGAAAGAGCAGUAUAAUUCACAAGGAAGAUUGAAUGCAUCACAACGUGAGGAGCUGGCGUUGAUUGAACAGGCAUAUGAUAAUCCACAUGAGUGCUUAAACCGUGUCAAGAAGUUUCUUUUGACUCAACGUGUUUUCAAAGAGGUGAGUCUUGAGAUGAUGGACAAUUAUCAUAAGUUAACACCGGUAUACGAUGUUGAUCCUUUAGAGAAGAUAACCGAUGCCUAUCUUGAUCAAUACUUGUGGUAUGAAGCUGAUAAGAGGGGCUUAUUUCCUAAUUGGAUCAAGCCAAGUGACUCGGAGAUUCCUCCUAUGCUGGUGUACAAGUGGUGUCAAGGAAUUAACAACGUUGAUGAAGUCUGGGAAACAUCUCAGGGUGAAUGUGAUGUGAUGCUCGAAUUCACCUUGGACAAGAUAGCAGAGAAAGUCGAUUUCACACUACUGAAUCGUCUUCUAAGAUUGGUCAUGGACUCAAACAUGGCAGACUACAUUACAGCAAAGAACAACGUCAGCUUGACAUACAAGGACAUGAGCCAUAUAAACAAGUAUGGCCUUAUUAGAGGAUUACAAUUCUCCUCGUUUGUGUUCCAAUACUACGGACUCGUCUUUGAUUUGAUGCUCUUGGGUCUUGAUAGAGCCAAUGAGAUUGCCGGGCCCCCAGAUGCACCAAAUGAGUUCCUUCAGUUCAAGUCUUUAGAACAGGAAAAGGCCAACCCAAUAAGGCUGUAUUCUCGUUAUAUUGACAAAGUUCAUAUCUUCUUCCGGUUCGACGAGGAAGAUAGUCAAGAUCUCAUUGAAGCAUUCCUAUCUGAAAAUCCAGAUCCAAACUUUGAGAACAUCAUUGGUUACAACAACCGUCGUUGCUGGCCUAAGGAUUCUCGAAUGAGGCUGAUGCGUCAUGAUGUGAACCUGGGAAGAGCUACUUUCUGGGAGAUGCAAGGGCGUGUUCCGAGGGCAUUUGCUAAUAUACAAUGGGAUGAUGCCCUGGCUUCUGUAUACUCCAAAGACAAUCCAAACUUGCUAUUCUCUAUGUGUGGUUUUGAAGUGAGAAUCUUGCCAAACUCCAGAAAGGAAGAAGUGACACAUUCUGCAGAAGGAGUGUGGGACUUAACUUACAAUAAUGUGUACAACAUUAAGGAAAGACCAACGAAACAACGAACAGCAAAGGCGUUCCUCCAAGUCACUGCAGAGGACGUUGAGAAGUUCCAUGACAGAAUCAGACAGGUGUUGAUGUCAUCGGGUUCAGUUGCGUUUGCAAAGGUGGCAGCUAGGUGGAAUACUGCUCUUUUAGGCCUGGUUACCUAUUACAGGGAGGCUGUUGUUUCCACCGAGUCAUUAUUGGAUGUUCUUGUUAAGUGUGAAACAAAGAUUCAGAAUCGUAUCAAGGCUGGUCUCAAUUCCAAGAUGCCAACUCGUUUCCCACCAGCGGUGUUUUACACACCAACUGAGUUAGGAGGAUUGGGUAUGCUGAGUGCUUCCCACAUUUUAAUCCCAGCUUCCGAUCUCUCCUGGUCAAAACAAACGGAUACCGGUAUCACACACUUCCGUUCAGGUAUGACACUUGCUGAAGACAAAAUGAUACCAACUGUGUUCAGAUAUAUUACGCCGUGGGAGAACGAGUUUCUGGAAUCCCAAAGAGUAUGGGCUGAUUAUGCCAUCAAACGUCAAGAAGCUAUUGAACAAAACCGUCGUCUGGCGUUUGAAGAGCUGGAAGGGUCCUGGGACAAGGGUAUUCCAAGAAUCAGCACACUUUUCCAGAAGGACCGUCACACUUUAGCUUAUGACAAGGGUCACAGGAUCCGUAAGGAAUUCAAGAUGUACUCUUUGAAUCGGAACAAUCAGUUUUGGUGGGUUAACAACCAUCAUGAUGGUAAGUUGUGGAACAUGAAUGCUUAUCGUACUGAUGUGAUCCAGGCAUUGGGUGGUAUCGAAACAAUUUUGGAGCAUACACUGUUCAAGGGCACUGGUUUUGAUUCUUGGGAAGGUUUGUUCUGGGAGAAGGGAAGUGGAUUUGAAGACUCCUUGAAGAUGAAAAAGCUGACCAAUGCACAGAGAUCUGGUUUAAGUCAAAUACCAAAUCGUCGUUUCACUCUUUGGUGGUCACCAACGAUUAAUCGUGCGAAUGUCUAUGUUGGUUUCCUUGUGCAACUGGACUUAACGGGUAUCUUCCUUCAUGGUAAAAUCCCAACGUUGAAGAUCUCUCUGAUUCAAAUAUUCCGUGCCCAUCUAUGGCAGAAGAUUCAUGAACAUAUCGUGUUUGAUCUUUGUCAGGUUCUGGAUGGGGAGAUGGAUGUCUUACAGAUUGAAAGUGUACAGAAGGAGUCUAUUCAUCCAAGAAAGUCUUACAAGAUGAACUCAUCAGCUGCAGACAUUACUUUGAACGGUACGUAUAGGUGGAAUUCCUGCAAACCAUCUCUUUUGCACGAUACAAAUGAUCAAAUGGAUUACAUCCAGACAGACAAGUAUUGGAUUGAUGUUCAGCUCCGUUAUGGUGAUUAUGACUCUCACGAUAUCUCCCGUUAUGUGAGAUCCAAAUUCCUGGAUUAUACACACGACGAUCUCUACCCUUCUCCAACUGGUAUUCUCAUUGGUGUUGAUUUGGCAUACAACAUGUAUGAUGCCUAUGGAACCUGGUUCCCGGGAUUUAAACAGCUGAUGCAGAGUGCCAUGAAGACAAUCAUGAAGGUGAAUCCGUCGUUGUACGUUUUACGUGAGCGUAUCCGUAAGGGUCUUCAGUUGUACCAAGCACAGCCGCAACAGGCGUUUUUGAAUUCGAACAACUAUGCUGAGUUAUUCAGCAACGAUAUUCAGUUCUUUGUCGAUGAUACCAAUGUCUAUCGUGUUACCGUGCACAGAACUGUCGAGGGAAACAUGACCACCAAACCAAUAAAUGGUGCUAUCUUCAUCCUUAACCCGAAGACUGGACAGUUGUUCCUGAAGAUCAUCCAUACAUCUGUUUGGGCAGGUCAAAAGAGAUUGAGUCAACUUGCAAAGUGGAAGACUGCGGAAGAAGUUGCUGCCCUGAUGCGUUCUUUACCUAAAGAGGAACAUCCCAAACAACUGAUCGUCACUAGACGUGCCAUGCUGGAUCCUCUUGAAGUUCACAUGCUGGACUAUCCAAACACUUCGAUUCGACCAUCCGAGUUGCGUCUUCCAUUCUCAUCUGCACUGAAAAUUGAUAAGCUACACGAUAUGGUUUUGAAAGCUACAGAACCACAGAUGGUGCUGUUCAACCUGUACGACGAUUGGCUAAGGUCUAUCUCUUCAUAUACUGCAUUUUCCCGUUUGAUUUUGUUGUUGCGUGCUUUGAGUAUCAACACAGAGCGUACCAAGUUGAUUCUUCAUCCGGAUAGCUCUGUCAUCACUGAAGCUCAUCAUAUAUGGCCUUCCUUCACCGAUGAUCAGUGGGUCACUGUUGAAACACAGCUUCGUGACUUGAUUCUUGCUGAUUAUGGUAAAAAGCACAAUAUCAACGUUACUGCAUUGACUCAGGCUGAGAUUAGAGAUUUGAUCCUGGGUCAAGACAUCAAAGCACCAUCUACCAAGAGACAGGAGCAAAUUGCUGAAAUUGAAGGUCAAAACGAUGAGGCUCUGACUUCCAUGAAGGUUAAGACACGUAACGCACAAGGUGAAGAGAUCAUUGCUCAUGUCUCCUCAAACUACGAACAAAAGACAUUCACAUCAAAGACUGAAUGGCGUAAACUCGCCAUCUCUGCUUCUUUGUUACACAUGCGGACCAAGAAUGUGUAUGUAAACUCUGAUGAUUUUGUUGAGGAGAAGACCACGUAUGUGAUGCCAAACAAUCUGUUGAAGAAGUUUAUACAGAUUAGCGACACACGCACACAGAUUGGUGGUUACGUUUACGGUGUCUCACCAGCUGACAAUGAUAAGGUUAAAGAGAUCAAGAGUAUCGUGAUACCACCACAGAUGGGCACGUUGACUACUAUUCAGCUGGGCAAGUUGUGCGAGUCUGAAUGGACAGAAGAUUUGGAAUUACUGGGAUGGAUCCACACUCAAACACAGGAGAUGAACUAUAUGCCAGCUGCUGAUGUGACCACACAUGCCAAACUGUUCAGCAACGGUGAUACGAGUCUUGUUGAUUUCAACGUUGCGUUAACUACAGGCUCUGUCACUUUGAGUGCUUACACUUUGAGUGAAGAAGGUUACGAAUGGGGGAAGAAGAAUAAAAAUAUGGAUCUUUCUCCACCAGGAUUUCAAGUUGAUUUUGGUACGAGUUGUCAAAUGAUCCUGACGAGCAAUAUACUGGGUAAUUUCCUCGUUCCAACCACUGAUAUCUGGAACUACACCUUCAUGGGCAUGAGAUUUAACAAGGAAUUGGACUAUGACUUGAAAAUCGAUGUGCCGUUGGACUUUUACAACGAACUACACCGUCCUAAUCAUUUCAUAUCGUUCAACGAGUUGGAAAGUGGUGAUUCGUUAGAAGCUGACCAGGAAGAUGUAUUCGCAUAGAGCAAUUUAUUAUAAUGAAGAUACAUAUUGGUAGCUUUAAUCAACAUCAACGUAGUUCCUUGGGAAUAAACCAAUGAUACCAUUUGAUGUUUCACCUUUCCACCAGUCAUUGUUAAAGGUUUGAUCCAAUAUGAGAAUUCGUUCACCUUUAACAAAUGACAAAUCACCAUCCUGCUGAGCCGUAUAGUUGAAUUUCAGCGUACAAUAGUUCAACGGUGUUCUAAUAGAUGCUUGAGUAUCUGCACGUGACUCAACAUCUGUUGUAUCAUUCACCAAAAGAGAUUUGAAAGUGCCAUUCAACUGAAGGGUCUGCCUUUCUAAAACACUUUUAGUGAUCAUGAGAUGAUCAAUCGUCAGCUUAGUGCUUCCAAUAGCCUUGGUAUAGUCCU